CGCAUCGUCAGCAUCAGUUUGAAGUCAAAUCUGACAGCCGCUGCCUUUCCCGGUCCUUUAACGGUCUCUUUUACUCUCUGGUGGUCAUCCCGCCUCGUUUAAGAGUUCAGUCGGGACUGUGGGACCGCAUCUGAUCGCUGUCUUCAACUUGGGGCGAAGAAAGACACGGGAAACUCCUCGGGAUUCUCCAUACACCGUGCGCUGAUCUGGAUAUUGUGUUUGAAGUGCUGAAGUGCUUCUUAAGGAGAAUUCUGGGGAGAUUUCUUACUCUUUCAUUCCUCAAGGAUGAAGCAGCGCAGUGUGUCUGUGCACUGAAACAGCUCCCACUUUCAAACUUCAUGUGACAGGAUGAACCAUGAGCAAAGGUUGUGAGAGCCUGUUUCUAUUGUCCUGUUGUACAGUGAGGCAGUGAGCUCACGGCUGAUACAGCAUGCAUGUGUCGACAUAUCCCAUGAUGCACUCCUGUCCAGGCCUGCUCCUCCUCAGCUUCCUCUUCCUCGCUGAUGCUGACACACCUCCUAGAUUCACACGAACCCCAGAGGACCAGACAGGAGUCCAGGGGGGAGUCGCUUCCUUUGUGUGCCAGGCCACAGGAGAUCCACAGCCCAAGAUUGUCUGGAACAAGAAAGGCAAAAAAGUCAGCAACCAGCGAUUUGAGGUUAUAGAGUUUGAUGAUGGAUCCGGCUCAGUCCUGAGGAUCCAGCCGCUGAGGACCCCCAGAGACGAGGCAGUUUAUGAAUGUCACGCCUCCAGCUCUGCAGGAGAGAUUACUGCCACUGCCAGACUCACUGUGUUACGAGAGGAUCAGCUGCCCUCAGGGUUUCCCACCAUUGACAUGGGUCCCCAGCUGAAAGUGGUGGAGCGUUCUCGGACUGCCACUAUGCUAUGCGCCGCUAGCGGCAACCCUGACCCAGAAAUUACCUGGUUCAAGGAUUUCCUCCCAGUCAACACGUCCAAUAACAAUGGAAGAAUCAAGCAGCUCCGCUCAGAGUCCUUUGGUGGCACGCCCAUACGAGGUGCCCUCCAGAUAGAGAUGAGUGAGGAGUCAGACCAGGGGAAGUAUGAGUGUGUCGCUACCAACAGGGAUGGGACACGUUAUUCCACCCCAGCUAACCUUUAUGUAAGAGAGCUGCGAGAAGUGCGCCGUGUCCCCCCUCGCUUUUCCAUUCCUCCGGCGGAUAGCGAAAUCAUGCCAGGAGGGAACGUCAACAUCACCUGCGUGGCGGUAGGCUCACCCAUGCCAUAUGUGAAAUGGAUGCUGGGAGCAGAAGACCUGACGCCAGAGGACGACAUGCCCAUUGGCCGCAAUGUACUGGAACUGACUGACGUACGCCAGUCCAACAAUUACACGUGCGUUGCCAUGUCAACGUUAGGUGUGAUUGAGGCAGUGGCACAGAUUAUAGUUAAAGCUUUGCCAAAGGCUCCUGGCACCCCUGUGGUGACAGAGAGAACUGCAACAAGCAUCACUCUCACCUGGGAUUCUGGAAACCCUGAACCCGUCUCCUACUAUAUCAUACAGCAUCGCGCCAAAGGCUCAGAGGACCCCUAUAAAGAGAUUGAUGGCAUUGCUACAACACGCUAUAGUGUGGGCGGCCUGAGUCCUUACUCUCACUAUGACUUUCGGGUGGCAGCUGUCAACACCAUUGGUCAGGGCCCCUCCAGCGAGGUGGUGGAGGCUCGCACAGCUGAGCAGGCCCCCUCCUCGCCUCCUCGCCAGGUCAUAGGUCGGAUGCUGAGCGCCACAACAGCAAUGAUCCACUGGGAUGAGCCUGAGGAACCUAAUGGACAGGUGGUCGGUUACAGAGUGUACUACACCUCUGACAAUUCGCUGCCAGUCAACCAGUGGGAGAAGCAGAUGGUCCGUGGAUCCAGCUUCAUCACCAUCCAGGAUUUGACUCCUAACAAGACUUAUUACAUCCGAGUGCUGGCCUUUACCUCUGUAGGAGAUGGCCCCUUGUCCCAGGACCUGCAGAUCAUAGCCAAGACUGGAGUUCCUUCUCAACCAUUAGAUUUUAAGGGUGAGGCAAAAUCUGAAACCAGUAUCCUGUUGUCCUGGGUGGCUCCAACGACCCAGGGUGGCCCAGAUAACCAGAUUACAGGAUAUGAACUUGUUUACCGACGAGCUGACGACACAGAAGAGAAAAAAGUGAGCUUUGAGCCCGCCACAUCCUACCUGCUCAAGAACUUGAAGCCCUUUUCCACCUACACCUUCCAGCUAGCUGCCAAAAGCAAAAAUGGAAUUGGGGCAUAUACCAAUGAAGUGUCCAUUGACACACCACAGACACUUCCUUCAGCACCUCCCCAGGACAUCAAAUGCACCAGUCCCAGUUCUACCAGCGUCCUGGUAAGUUGGGCACCACCACCUGUGGAGUUUCAGAACGGCAUCAUUACAGGAUACUCCAUCCAGUAUGCCACUACAGAGGGCAACAAAACAUCAAAAAGAAUUGAUGGAAUUUCUCCGGAAAGUUCUCCGUAUCUCCUGGAAAACCUAGAGAAAUGGACUGAGUACGGCAUAACCGUGAGGGCACAGACAGAAGCUGGGGAUGGACCAGAAAGUUUACAGCUGCUUAUCCGCACUGAGGAAGAUGUUCCAAGUGGUCCUCCGCGAGGGGUGGAGGCAGAAACUGUGAACGCCUCGGCUGUUAGGGUGAAAUGGCGAGCCCCUGCACCUGAAAGACAGCACGGUCUGAUCCGAGGCUACCAAGUCCAUUAUGUGAGGAUGAACUACGGAGAACCUCAGGGUCAGCCCUUCAUCAAGGACAUCCUUAUAGAUGACUCACAGUGGGAAUACGAUGACUCAACAGUAUAUGAAGUGGUGCUUGGGGACCUGAAGGCAGAUACUGCCUACUCUGUAUCAGUAGGGGCUUACACUGCCAAGGGCGAUGGCGCUCGCAGCAAACCUGUUACUGUGUGCACCGCCCCGCCAUUGCCCGAGAAGCCCAAACUGCAAGUGAGUGCCACUGACUCAGGUACGGCCCUGCUUCAGUGGUACCCCCCUCCCAGUCCACCCACCCCGCUCCUGGGGUACCGCCUCACCUUCGGCCGCGUUGACGUUCUUCCCUUUACAGUGGUUGAGUUUCCCCCCAAGGAAAACCGCUACACUGCCCAGGAUAUCCACAAGGGUGCUAACUAUGUGUUCAGACUGUCAGCCCGCAACAAGAUGGGCUAUGGAGAAGAGGCUGUAAAAGAGGUGACUACUCCAGAAGACGUCCCGAGUGGAUAUCCAGAAAAUAUUAUCUCAGAAGAGGCGUCUGCCACCUCGCUUCGGCUGGCGUGGAAAACAGUCCCGCUGAUCGAGCAAAAUGGGAAAAUUUUGAAGUACUCGGUGCUAUACAAGGAUAUAAACAGUCGGGGAAACGCUACAGAGGUUGUGGUGCCCACUCAAAGGUCGAGUGUUUUGUUGGAGGGUCUGAGUGCCGAUACUGUGUAUGAUGUCAGGGUGUGUGCGUUCACAGCUGUCGGUCCUGGGCCUUACAGCCCCAGUGUCCAAUUUAGGACCCAACGGCUAGACCAAGUUUUUGCCACCAAUUUCAGAGUAAAAGCAUCCAUGAAGAACUCUGUCCUUCUGUCCUGGGAGAUCCGAGACAAGAACCCUGCCCAGCCGUUCACUAUCCUGUACGGGAAGGGCCAGUCUGUGGAAGUGGACGGCAAACAAACUCAGAAGCUGAUCACUGGUUUGGAGCCAGACACUCAGUACUCUUUUCUGCUAACCAACCGAGCCAACAGCGCUGGGGGCCUGCAGCACCGUGUCACUACUACCACCGCUCCAGACAUCCUGAAAACCAAACCUAUUGUAGUGGGAAAGACUAAUGCAGAUGGCAUGGUGACUGUGCAGCUACCGACUGUACAGACCACAGCUAAAGUCAGGGGUUAUUUUGUGGUGGUGGUGCCGCUGAAGAAGCAGAGAGGGGGGAAAUUCUUGAAUCCUUGGGAGGACCCUGACCAAAUGAACCUAGAUGAGCUCCUCAGAGAGAUCAACAGAACCAGCGUCAGCCGAGCCCUUCGCAUCCGCAGACAGGCUAGCCAGUCAGAUCCCAGGGCCUAUGUCACAGCUCACUUCAAGACUCUGCCCCUUGAAUUCACAUUAGGGGACGGCCGAAACUACGGCGACUUUCGCAACCGUCCACUGCAGAACGGACAAGAAUAUGUUUUCUUUGUGCUGGCACUGCUCGACCUCUCCGAGAAUACUAUGUAUUCAACCAGCCCUUACUCUGAUCCUGUGACAUCAUCAUAUGUGGAUCCUCAGCCAAUUGUUGAUGAGGAGGAGGGUCUUUUGUGGGUGGUGGGGCCUGUGCUGGCUGUGAUCUUCAUUGUCUGCAUCGUCAUUGCCAUUCUCCUCUUCAAGAGCAAACCUGACAGGAAAAGAGCCGAGGCUGAAGGAAGAAAGGGCAGUUUUCCCUGCAGCAAAGCGAUGUCCUCCCACCAUCCCACUGAUCCUGUGGAGCUACGCAGAAUCAACUUCCAGACUCCAGCCUACCGUGUAUCAGUGUACCGCGGUUAUCGGCGUCUGUCAAGCAUGGCAAGUCACCCGCCCGUCCCCAUCUCUGAGCUGGCAGAUCACAUUGAGCGCCUCAAGGCAAAUGACAAUCUCAAGUUCUCUCAAGAGUACGAGUCAGUCGAUCCUGGUCAACAGUUCACGUGGGAGAACUCCAACUUGGAGGUCAACAAACCAAAGAACCGCUACGCGAACGUCAUUGCCUACGAUCACUCCAGAGUUAUACUCUCCAGCAUCGAGGGUGUCCCGGGCAGUGACUACAUCAACGCUAACUAUAUUGAUGGCUACCGCCGUCAGAAUGCCUAUAUUGCCACUCAGGGCGCCCUUCCCGAGACCUUCGGGGACUUCUGGAGGAUGGUCUGGGAGCAGCACACAGCCAACAUCAUCAUGAUGACCAAGCUGGAAGAGAAAUCACGGGUGAAGUGCGAUCAGUACUGGCCAACACGUGGCACAGAGACCUACGGCCUGAUCCAGGUCACUCUGCUUGACACGGUGGAGCUGGCCACCUACUCUGUCAGGACCUUCGCUCUUUACAAGAGCGGCUCAAAUGAGAAGCGUGAAGUCCGUCACUUCCAGUUUACAGCCUGGCCAGACCACGGGGUGCCUGAACAUCCCACCCCCUUCCUGGCCUUCCUUCGCCGGGUCAAGGCCUGCAAUCCUCCAGAUGCGGGACCCAUGGUUGUCCAUUGCAGUGCUGGAGUGGGCCGCACUGGCUGUUUCAUCGUGAUCGAUGCCAUGACAGAGCGAAUCAAGCAUGAGAAGACCAUCGACAUCUACGGUCAUGUCACGCUGAUGCGCUCCCAGAGGAACUACAUGGUGCAGACGGAAGACCAGUACAUCUUCAUCCACGAUGCACUGCUGGAGGCGGUGACCUGCGGGAACACCGAAGUCCCGGCGAGGAACUUGUACUCCUACAUCCAGAGGCUGACGCAGAUUGAACCAGGAGAAAAUGUCACCGGCAUGGAGCUGGAGUUCAAGCGUCUGGCCAGUGCCAAGGCCCACACAUCACGGUUUGUGAGUGCCAAUCUGCCGUGCAACAAGUUCAAAAACCGGCUGGUGAACAUCAUGCCCUACGAGACCACGCGUGUGUGUCUGCAGCCAAUCAGAGGAGUGGAAGGAUCCGACUACAUCAAUGCCAGCUUCAUUGAUGGAUACAGGCAGCAGAAGGCCUAUAUAGCAACCCAGGGCCCACUGGCUGAGACCACAGAGGACUACUGGAGGAUGCUGUGGGAACAUAACUCCACCAUUGUUGUCAUGCUAACCAAACUGAGAGAAAUGGGACGGGAGAAGUGUCACCAGUACUGGCCUGCAGAGCGCUCAGCCAGGUACCAGUACUUUGUGGUGGAUCCUAUGGCUGAGUACAACAUGCCCCAGUACAUCUUGAGAGAGUUCAAAGUCACUGAUGCCAGGGAUGGCCAGUCACGGACAGUUCGUCAGUUCCAGUUCACAGACUGGCCCGAGCAAGGAGUGCCAAAGUCAGGAGAAGGAUUUAUUGAUUUUAUUGGCCAAGUGCAUAAAACUAAAGAACAGUUUGGCCAGGACGGGCCAAUUACUGUGCACUGCAGUGCUGGUGUAGGAAGGACCGGUGUGUUCAUCACCCUCAGCAUCGUGCUAGAGAGGAUGAGGUACGAGGGAGUGGUGGAUAUCUUCCAGACUGUCAAGAUGCUGCGCACCCAGAGACCAGCCACCGUUCAGACAGAGGACCAGUACCAGUUCUGCUACCGCGCCAGUCUGGAGUACCUGGGAAGCUUUGAUCACUAUGCAACAUAAACCCAGUGGCUGUCGAUCAUGCGCACGUUCAACCGAGUGCAUUUUUCUCAUGUUAUGCACAGCCAGAAUAAAUGCACUAGGUUGCGAUGUGCAGGUAUGAAGACUUUGCCACUGCAUGCAGAGUGAAGGGGGACCAUCGGCUUAUCCGUACCCAGAAACAGCACCUCUAACUGAGCCAUAGCAACCUGCUUGACAAGGGUGUUUUCCUGCCACCCUCAGCCCAAACACACCCAUUGGUCAGUCUGAAGCAGCAACUUCAACCACUGUUCCAAUCAGAAUACUUGAUCAAAUAUAGAUUUUUUUUUUUAUUCCUUUCAGUGCUUUUCCGAGCACCCGAAUUGCGUUUUUUGUUGUUUGGGUGUGGAACUCUCACCUCGUCCACCACCAGUGUAGCAUCACCAACCUAAAUACGGGACCCAGCUACAGCAUUUUUUUCUGUCACAGGAAAUUUCGAUUUUUCUAUCUGGAGGACAGUUCAGAAGGAGACUACAAAUCCAUCUUAUGGAAACCUUGUGGACAAGAAAGAACUGGGAUAUCAAGCACCAGAGAAUUGCCAACAGGAGCCUGAAAACACAGAGCACACAGUAUUAAAAAGACCAAGAACACGCAACUUAAAAAAAAAAAAGACACAAGUGUGGGUUAGUUUUUUUCUCUUAUUUUGGAAACAGACUCUUGUUUCCUGUGAAUGAAAAAGAAGACAUUUCUACCAUACAGUAAUAAACACCACCAGUUCAACCUUAUGCUUCACGAUUUAAGAUAAGGGAAGGUUUACUGAGGUCUAAAAAUGCAUACCGCAAAGUAAAACAUUAAUUUAGUUUUCUAGAAAAAUAUGUGACUAUAUUGUUUUUUAAAAAACUGGAUAUUCCAUAUGGCACGUUCUGUUUUUUCAUUCUUAUAGGUUUAUGAUUUUGUCACCAUUGAGCAUACAUGGGCAAAGUUACAUUUUUUUUUUGUGUAAUCCAAUGAGCUGUAGCCAUUUUCUUUUUUUUUGUUAAAGUGAUACGGUACUGUUUUAAAGUGUACAAUCAAAUCUAGUGUGGAAAAUGUUCACAGUUCUAUGAAAAAAAUUGAGUGUCACUUUCCUGUAUUCUCCACCCACACGUUUCGCAUGCACACAGGACUCUCAACCUCAUUACUGUCUCACUUGCGACGUUUAAAGACGCGAAGACGGUAAUUUCUCAAUUCCCGAGGGCCCGCCAGGGUACAGUAUUAACAGUGCUGCUACCAGAAAGUCCCGAGAAUAAUCCCGCCACGUUGUUCUGCGCGUAGGCCAAAAGAAAGCCGGGCGGACCACGAGUGAAGCUAGUAAGCGCUGAGAGCAGACGAAAUAUUAGGUGUCCAAAUAAGCUUCACUAAGAUUUACUAAGUAGAAAGCGAGAUGAGCGAGCAGGAAAGGGGUGGGAAAAGGAGAACAAUUUUCUUACUGGAAUGCUCACCGUUGACUUUUCUCUGUGUCUGAUUCAGUGUGCAAUAAGUAGAUGUAUUAUAUAUUUUUGUGUCAAGUCACUAACUGCAGUUAUAUGCCAUGAUGAUGAUGACGGUGAUGAUGACGACGAUAAUACUGAUGAUGGUGCAUCAUUUUCCAGACACAAGGAUGUUACACUUGAUGUUCCCUCCACCAUUUAAAAGUGUUAGAGAAAUAACCUCUGACCUCUUAGGAAGUCGAUUUUUUUUUUUUUUUAAUCAAGUCACAUGUCCAGUAGAUGAUGUCAUCCUUCUUUGUGUCACGGCGAGCAACGAAUGAUCGAAGUCAUAUUACAAACUGCAUCUAAUAAGUAUUUUAAUUUUAGAUUUCUAGUGCCUUAUAUUACACGCCUAUUUUGAUAAAGUUACUUUAAAGGGUUUUUGUGUAUUUUAUGUAUGCUUGUCUGCGUGUGUGAACCGAAUGUGUGUGUGCGUUUUUGUUAUGUUACAGUAUGUGAAAAAGUAUUUUGUGGGAUUUUUGUUUUGUUUUGUUUUGUUCUUUUUUUGUUCUUUGUUGUUGUUUUGUUGUUUUUGGCUGUGAAAUUUUGAAUGGAAGGGUUUGUGUAGGCUGGACAGUUGUAGUCACAUUUUAAACCCAGCAACUGCAUCAUCAUAUCUCUUUUCAUUCAAAAGAAAAAAAGCAUAUGUUACAAGAGACUCAACUGCAGAAAAAUGUGGUUUUAAAGUAGGUUAUUAGCAAGACAGACUGAUCAUUUUUUAAGGUUCUACGUCAAGCUUUCCAUCUUUUCCUCACAGGACACUUACACAGGCUUUGUGGAUAUACUGUCAUUAUGGACACUUUUCUUUUACCCGCCAUGAAAGUUUGGCGCAGACUUUGAGCUGGCUCGAACAAGUCAUACUUGCUCGGCUGUAUAGAAAUCUGUAAAAGCUGAAUGGCUCUUUGUCAGUCUGUUGGAAAGGAGGAGCAUCAGCCCUUAAGAGUAUGCUUAAGUAUCCCACCUGAAGCCAUUCACCUAAAAUCAGUCAGAGUAGUUCAUCUGUGUUCCUCAUUCUGCUGUUCCGCAUUUUUCCUUUUCUUUCAAAAACGAAGGCUGAGAGAAGUUCAGGUGCUUUGUCUCCGCUGACACAGAACCUACAGUAUAUACUCAUUUUUUUGUAAGUCCAUUAACUCUCGGCCAUAUGAGGGAUUGUUGACAGUUUUCCACCAUCUUAAAGUAACCUUGUUGUUGUUUGUAUGCAUGGUACCACUUUCGAGAUGCCCCUUUGGUCGCACCUGUUACGGGAAGACUUGCACUUUCUCUCUUUGUACUAUGCACUAAUAUUUAGUAUCCUGUUAACUCCGAUAGCCCCGGCCUCCCCCCCUCAAAAAAAGGAGUCUUACUUGAACUCAGCAAAGAUGGACCCUGCAAUGCUCACACGGUUGUGUAUAUGUAAAUAACACAAAACACAGAGAGUAACUGAAAUGCAUAAAUAGAUGACUACGUAAAAGUAAAUGAAUUAACUGAUGAUAAAGGCAAAGAAUGAAUAGAGAUUUAUCAGAUAUACAGAGCGAUAUAAUAAAAGGAUGCACCACAAGUCACAGUUUUUAUGGCACAGCAGUAUGUGCAAUACAUCACAUUGUGGAUUUGUUGUACCACAAAAGAGAAGUUUCACAAAACAAAGUGUUCUAUUUUACCCCGAUGUAUCAUGUAGAUGGAUUAAACUGGAGUUUAUAAAUUGUAUAAAAAAUGAAAAUAUGGUGUGUUAUUGGGAUCAGUUACCUCCAAUUGGUCUGUACAUGUAAACCUUUUUGUUUCCGUUUUCUGCUCCGAGUCAACAAGUGCUUUUUAUUUUCUUACAUUGGUUCUCGGAGCGCGUGAAAACUGAAAAACAGGUCUGUAUGGAUUUCUGUUCUUUAUCGACACAAGUUUCAUUUGUUACAAAUAAACUCAAGUGAAAAUGA